AUGUAUGGAAGUGCAAGAACAAUCAGUAACUUGGAAGGCAGUCCUGCCAGAUCUCCUCGUUUGCCAAGAUCUCCUCGUCUGGGCCACAGGCGAACAAGCAGUGGGGGAGGUGGAGGAACAGGUAAGACCUUAUCGAUGGAGAACAUCCAGUCACUUAAUGCUGCCUAUGCAACAUCUGGACCAAUGUACCUGAGUGACCAUGAAGGUGUGGCAUCAACUACUUUCCCAAAGGGCACAAUGACUCUUGGAAGGGCUACAAAUCGAGCUGUAUAUGGUGGUCGAGUUACAGCCAUGGGAAGCAGUCCUAAUAUUGCUUCUGUUGGUCUUUCCCAUUCGGAUCUCCUUUCUUAUACUGAUCAGCAUGGGGGAUUGACAACAUCUUCACAUCAUCACCAUCAUCAGAUCCCUUCUAUGCUGAGACAGGUAAGGGACAGUACCAUGCUUGACCUGCAAGCUCAGCUUAAGGAGUUGCAGAGAGAGAAUGAUCUUCUAAGGAAGGAACUGGACAUCAAGGACAGCAAGCUUGGCUCAUCUAUGAACAGCAUUAAGACCUUUUGGAGUCCAGAGCUCAAAAAGGAAAGAGUCUUGCGGAAAGAAGAAGCAGCCAGAAUGUCUGUUUUGAAAGAGCAGAUGAGAGUUUCUCAUGAGGAGAACCAGCAUCUUCAGCUAACUAUUCAGGCACUCCAAGAUGAGCUUCGAACCCAGAGAGACCUUAAUCAUCUCCUCCAACAAGAAAGUGGAAAUCGAGGUGCUGAGCAUUUUACUAUUGAGCUUACAGAGGAGAAUUUUCGAAGGCUUCAGGCUGAACAUGACAGGCAGGCAAAAGAGUUAUUUCUGUUGAGAAAAACUCUGGAAGAAAUGGAGCUGAGAAUUGAAACACAGAAGCAGACAUUAAAUGCUAGAGAUGAAUCCAUCAAAAAGCUGCUAGAAAUGUUGCAGAGUAAAGGUUUGCCAUCUAAAGGAAUGGACGAUGACAAUGAAAGAACUCGAAGGAUGGCAGAGGCUGAAUCUCAGGUUAAUCAUUUAGAAGUGAUUUUAGACCAGAAAGAGAAGGAAAACAUACAUCUUAGAGAGGAACUUCACAGAAGAACCCAACUUCAGCCUGAACCAGCUAAAACGAAAGCUCUUCAGACUGUCAUAGAGAUGAAGGACACAAAAAUAGCUUCACUGGAACGUAAUAUAAGAGACCUUGAAGAUGAAAUACAGAUGCUGAAGACAAAUGGAGUUCUGAAUACAGAAGACAGAGAAGAAGAAAUAAAACAAAUAGAAGUUUACAAGAGUCAUUCGAAGUUCAUGAAAAAUAAGAUUGACCAGCUGAAGCAGGAGCUUUCAAAGAAAGAAUCAGAACUUCUUGCCUUACAAACUAAGCUUGAAACCCUUAGCAAUCAGAAUUCAGAUUGCAAACAACACAUUGAAGUGCUUAAAGAAUCGCUUACUGCCAAAGAACAGAGAGCUGCCAUACUUCAGACAGAGGUUGAUGCCUUGAGAUUACGUUUAGAAGAGAAAGAAAGUUUCCUUAAUAAAAAAACCAAACAACUGCAGGACCUCACUGAAGAAAAGGGAACUUUGGCUGGAGAAAUUCGAGAUAUGAAAGACAUGUUAGAAGUCAAAGAAAGAAAAAUUAAUGUUCUUCAAAAAAAGAUUGAAAACCUCCAGGAACAACUUAGGGACAAAGACAAGCAGCUGACCAACCUGAAAGAUAGAGUGAAAUCCUUACAGACUGAUUCCAGUAACACCGACACUGCUCUAGCAACAUUGGAAGAAGCUCUGUCAGAGAAAGAGAGAAUUAUAGAGCGAUUAAAGGAGCAGAGGGAGAGAGAUGACCGUGAAAGGCUUGAAGAAAUUGAAUCCUUUAAAAAAGAAAACAAAGAUCUGAAGGAAAAAGUUAAUGCUUUACAAGCUGAGUUGACAGAAAAAGAGUCCAGCUUAAUUGAUCUGAAAGAACAUGCAUCCUCAUUGGCUUCAACAGGGCUGAAAAGAGAUUCUAAACUAAAGUCUUUAGAAAUAGCCAUAGAGCAAAAGAAGGAGGAAUGCAGUAAAUUAGAAGCACAACUGAAAAAGGCUCAUGAAGCAGAGGAGGAAGCACGGAUGAAUCCUGAAUUUGCAGACAGAAUGAAGCAACUUGACAAAGAAGCAGCCUAUUACAGGGAUGAAUGUGGUAAAGCUCAAGCUGAAGUUGACAGACUUCUAGAAAUCCUUAAGGAAGUAGAGAAUGAAAAAAAUGACAAAGAUAAGAAAAUUGCUGAACUAGAAAGCUUGACUUCCAGACAUAUGAAAGAUCAAAACAAGAAGGUGGCCAACCUGAAGCACAAUCAACAAAUAGAAAAGAAGAAGAAUGCUCAGUUGCUAGAAGAAGUUCGUAGGCGUGAAGACAAUAUGACAGACAAUUCUCAGCAUUUACAGGUUGAAGAACUAAGGAAUGCACUGGAUAAGACCAGACAAGAACUGGACGCCACCAAAGCACGCCUUGGUUCAACCCAGCAGUCCUUGGCUGAGAAAGAAGCACAUCUGGCCAAUUUAAGAAUAGAAAGAAGAAAACAGCUAGAAGAGAUACUGGAAAUGAAGCAGGAAGCAUUACUUGCUGCCAUCAGCGAAAAAGAUGCAAAUAUUGCCUUGCUUGAAUUGUCGGCUUCAAAGAAAAAGAAAACUCAAGAAGAAGUGAUGGCUUUGAAAAGAGAAAAAGACAGAUUAGUCCAUCAGUUAAAACAGCAGACGCAGAACAGGAUGAAACUGAUGGCAGACAACUAUGAUGAUGACCAUCACCACUACCACCACCACCACCAUCACCACCACCACAGAUCUCCUGGGAGGACACAGCAUGCCAAUCACAGACCAUCUCCAGAACAGGAUGAUGAGGAGGGUAUAUGGGCAUAG